CAGUACCAGGCAGUGAUAGGUUACAGAUGCGUUUAAAGUCGACCUCUUAUUGAAUUUUGAAGCUUAACAUUCACAUGGUGUUUCCUCCACGUUACGUCUUGAUUAGUCUUAGUAUUUGCAUAACCCGCAUGCUGGUUGGCUGAGAGGCAAUCAUCCCAUCCUGGUGAAACAAACUCGCCCUGCUUUACAGCGAGGAGGAGGUGGAGGAACGGAGCGCAUCGGCUCUCCGCACACAUUGCUCUAUUUAAUCAAAAAGAGAGGCUUAUUUGACAAAAGCCGGUACGGACUGCAGGGGCCGUGGAGGAGGUGGACGAGUGCAAUGAUGACGGGCAAAUCUGUGAAAGACGUGGACAGAUACCAGACUGUCCUCAACUCUUUACUGGCGCUGGAAGAGAAUAAAUUCUGCGCUGACUGCGAAUCAAAAGGUCCAAGAUGGGCCUCUUGGAAUUUGGGCAUCUUCAUCUGUAUCCGCUGUGCUGGUAUCCAUCGAAACCUGGGGGUCCACAUCUCCAAGGUCAAGUCUGUCAAUCUGGACCAGUGGACUCAGGAGCAGGUCCAGUGUGUUCAAGAGAUGGGAAAUGCCAAAGCCAAACGUCUUUACGAGGCAUUCUUACCUGAGUGCUUCCAGCGCCCCGAGACAGACCAGUCUGCAGAGAUCUUCAUCAGGGACAAGUAUGACAAGAAAAAGUACAUGGAUAAGGUCAUUGACAUCCAGAUGCUCAGGAAAGAAAAGAGCUGUGACAAUAUACCCAAGGAACCAGUUGUGUUUGAGAAGAUGAAAUUGAAAAAAGACAUCAGCCCCAAGACAGAUUCCCAGUCUGUUACAGACCUGCUUGGAUUAGAUGCCCCUGCUCCAAGUCCUGCAGUGUCUAACGGUAGAGGAUGUGUUCCAGACAGUAAUGAGAGCCCAGCGGUGUCCAAUCCAGCUCUGGCACACUCUGCGCUGGAUCUCUUCAGCUCCUUGCCAGCACCCUGCUCUGUUUCCUCCACUAAAACCACGCCUGUUUCCAACUCCAUGCCUCAGAGCAGAGUGACUGCCUCUGUGCCUGAAAACCUAAGUCUGUUCCUGGAUCCGGCACCCAAAGCAGGAGAGGAGGGCACUGUCAAGAAACUGUCCAAGGACUCUAUUCUCUCCCUGUACGCCUCCACCCCCUCAGUGCACGCCAGCAGUAUGGCUACUCACGGCUUGUACAUGAACCAAAUGGGUUACCCGACACACCCGUACGGAUCGUACCAUUCUUUAGCCCAGGCAGGUGGAAUGGGAGGCCCCAUGAUGACAUCACAGAUGGCCAUGAUGGGGCAGCAACAGAGUGGCAUGAUCGGAGUCCAACAGAAUGGCAUGAUGGGACAGCAGAAUGGCUUAAUGGCUGCGCAGGGUGUCAUGGCUCAGCCUAGUGGCGUUAUGGCAUCACCCUACAUGCCAGGGAUGACCCAGGGCAUGAUGGGACAACAGCAAAGUGGAAUGAUGGUGCAGCAUCAGACUGGGAUGAUGGGACAGCAGCAUAAUGGCAUUAUGGGACAGCAGCAGAGUGGGAUGAUGGUGCAGCAGCAGGUUGGAGGUUUACCUCAUCAGCAGAUGUAUGGAGUGCAACAAGCCCAGCAGCUACAAUGGAACAUUACCCAGGUGACUCAGCACAUGGCCGGGGUGAAUCUCUACAACACCAACGGCAUGGUGGGAUACAGCAGUCAACAAAUGGGAGGCUCGACAACUCCAAGCUCAGCUCACAUGACAGCACACGUUUGGAAAUGAUCUCAUCUAUCCAGUGUAAAAGUGAUGUAACGCCAAUAACCCACAAGAGAGGGGAACUGAGUUGUAGGAAUGUAUGGAUCAGACUAUCCAGGAGACAUUUUCUAUUGCAAGGGAGGGGGAGGAGGGGGAGGAGGAGGAGGAGGGGACAGGUGUGAAGAAGAAGAAGGUUUUGGAAACCACUACUACCUCUCUUUCUCUCUCCUCUCUGCCCAUGCUUCCUCUUCUCGACCCAUCCAUGGCCAUGUUUCCAUGCUUGCCUUCAGAACACUUUGGUACAAUGACCAAGACAACAGGGUUCAGAAGUUCACUGGUUACAACUACACAUAUUUCUUUGUUCCUUGCCUGUAUGUGAGAGUGUGUGCGUGCACAUCUGCUGUUUGAGGGUUUCAACCAACUGCUUGACUUACUGCUCGGUUUUUGGAGAAUUUUACAGUUUUUCUUACUUGACCAGAGCCAGAAUCAAGAAAAUGCAAAUAUUAGCCUAGCUUAACUCUGAUAUGUGUGUGUAUUUAUAGGAAAACUUACCUUGUUUUGCUGGGAGUUAAAUGAGAACAUUGAUGGCACUCUUAUGUCUGUAUCAUGUUCAAAAAAUAUGAGGCUCACGCCAGCAGCUGGUUAGCUUAGCCUAGCAUAAAGACUUGAAAGACUCUGUCUGUUUGACUUGUACAGAUUAAAGAAAUUAUAUCAAAUUUGGUACACGACCAAGCCAGGCUAACUGUCUCCAACUGUUUCAAGUCUUCGUGUUAAACUAGCUGGCUGCACCUUCCUGAAUACUUAAGUUAUCCUACCUGUCCAACAUUAUUAAAAUUUAAGAAAUCCCUUUACUUGGAUUUGUUCCUAGACCCUCACUGUCUCACUAGUUAUAUACAAAACCUACCUAAACAGCCCGUAUUAUGAUGUCUAAUACACAAGUUACAGAGGGCUUCUUUUAGAAUCAAUAUCUAAUCUCGACUUUAAGUGUCAAAAGUCCUAAACUGGAUUUCGGGAGACCAAAGAUCAACGCUAGCUUUAUUAUGGUUGUACAGUAUUCCAAUGCUUUGUUACAUCUGUGUAGCCACUUAACUAGUGAUUAGUUCAUUCAAUUCAGCAGUCCUUUAAUAGUGAGUCAUUCUGUAACUGGGGGAACAUUUCACAUGAACAAAAGUAAAAAAAACAAAACUAAAGUGCUUUGUCAAUUUAACAAUCAGUAGUUUAAGUUUAAAAAAGAUUUAAUUGUUACAUGUCCACAAGUUGCAACGCUUUUAAAUUAUUAACAGCUUUGUUUGAUAUUUUAAUAAGGACAUUUGCCCAGUAGGGUCACGCCAAUUACUAAUAGGUACACAUGAUAAUUUCACUCUACUGGGUAACUUAGUUGAUAACUUCCUAAUUUUAGCUCAUAAUUUCAAUGAUAUGCCUAGCAUGGCUAAAAAACUGGCAUUGUGCUUAUCGAGUUAACUUUAAAUUUCAACAUGUAUUCAAAUUAGAUUUUAUAAAAGAAUCGGAAACCAUAACAACCUGACUGCAUUUGACAUACUAUGUUUUAGAAAAUGCUAUUUUUUUCCCCCCGCUACAACAGAUUAUAUAGAAGAUAGUGUAGUAGUUUAGGUAUUAGAAUACACAUUAAUGAACUGAGAUAUUUAUUUCAUUUAAAUAUCUCAAUUAAAAAUGAAUCAUAUUUUGAAUAAAUAACAAAAGAUGCUGCAAAAGUACUAACUUACUUACUUAAAUAUUGUUUUAAAGCCAAAACCCACCCAUUUGAAAACUGACAUUACAACAUAGACGCAUCAUGACAAUUUCAAGCUAAAUGAAGCAAAAUGUUGAUUUUUAAAUAUACAUAUAUAUAUAUAUAUAAUUAUCAUUAAUGGACAUGAAACGUACCCCCAGUUGCAGAAGGACUCCGGUAUGUUUGCUCAUACCUGCUGUUACAGAAUGAAUGUUUGGGCAUAUCAAUUCACUGUGCUAUUUCCUCAGCAAGGGUGGGACACUUAAAAAGUCACUUGCAUGCAUGUAAAUGUUGAGUUAAUGCUCACACACCACAAGUUAAUCUACCUUGUACAAUAGAGGCCUCAAAUAAUGUUGAAUGUCUGUAAAUAAGAGAGAAAUAGAGAGAGAGGUGGGGAUGGAGACAUCUUUUAAGGUACAGAUUUCAGAUUCUUCCACUGAAUUGCAUGAGGAGAAUGUUUAUUAGCUCUGAUUGUAUGUACUGUAUGUUUAUCAAGAUAUCCGAAUGUGUCUCUUUGAAUGUGUCUCUCUACAUGUCGAUCAGUCUCUGAUCAAGACCAACAAAAUGUCUCAAUGAAUGUGCGUCCUGAAUGUGUUUCACUGGACCCGUGUUGAAUAAACACGCCUAAGUAUUGCUGGGGGUGUGCUUGUUUUUUGGAUAUUCUACGACUCUGUCAAGCAAUGUACACUCGUAUCUUUUGAAUGUCCUGUGGUCAACAGCGUCCUGUAUGUUUUUGGUGAAUUAUUAAACCAAGUUUUAAUGUCUUACCGUCAAAUUAGGAGCAAACUGUGACCAGGCUGAUGCAUUUUCAGGCCACACGGGGGCGUUUACAAUUUGGCCAAACCACAUUGUGAAGCGAAAAAGCGAUUGUACGACCACAAUCUGUCACCUCUCUGUGUUUGAGUUAACCUUUCUACACCUCUCCCACACAAGCCAUUGCUCUCUGUGUCCUGAUUUCUCUGAAAGCGUUUCUAAAGAUGUUCAUUCUUAUAAAUGCAUGAAGCCAUUAGUGUAAAUAAUCUGUUUGUUUUUUGCAUUUUUCCGUAGGAGUACUUAGGUGUUAAGUUGCCAUUUUUUAUGUGAGGACUAAGAGCUAAAAGAGAGAUACAUUUACAAACUCUGGCAUAUUAAGAUGCACAUUAACUGCUGCCAAAUAAGCAGUGCAGCCUUUCACAAGUCGUUGUUCCCUCCAGGUAUUUCUUCUCAAUUUUAGCUCAUUUGGUGGCAGUACAGGCAACAGUGUGGCAGUGUGCAGACAGCAGCUUUCUCUGCUGAGAGCAAUAUCACCAUAAGAUAAUGUGCUGUCUCUGCAGUGUAACAGCACAUCUGUCAGCUAGCGAUGAGAAAAAAAAGUAAAAAUCCAUCUUUGUGUGCAGUAAGGCUUCACCUGAGCUUUCUCUUUUGUGAUUAUCUUUUAACUUAAGUUUGCUUGUUAUCAGUUCCUUUUUUUGUCUGGUAUAUUUUCUGUGAAAUAAGAGCAAAUAAAGGAAUGUAUCUUUUUAUGUACUUGUCAAUCAAGAUAUUGUAUUCUUUAUCAGAAUAUCUCUGUAUAUUAUGUUCCUGAAACAAGAUUGAUGAACAUGUACUGUAUAUUAGUUCUGCAUCUUUUUCACAUGCUUUGCCCCUUUUGAUUUCAUGUCUCCAUAUUUACUUACAUUUGAGAACAUGUAACAUAUGAUACUUGUCUCUGUGAAAAUAUCAAAUAAAUAAAUAUUGUUUUGAUUAAAUUCUA